AUGGAUGCAAAUUCGGAAAAUGAAAGCUAUGAUCCAUCUACCGACCCUAAGAGGAAAGCUAAAUCAAAUGAUCCGGGAUGGAAGUAUGGUUUUUGGCCGGACUUGGCAAACAAAGAUUUAGUCGAAUGUUCACUUUGCCACAAACAAAUGCAUUCGGGAAUCAAAAGACUAAAACAACACUUGGCGGCGGGUUACGGAGAUGUUGCUAAAUGCCCCAAAACAACUACGGAGAUUAUGAGGGAAAUGCAACAAUAUAUGCAAGGCACAUCAAGAAUGAAGAGAUCAAGGGUGGUCUUGGAUGAUAAUGUGGAUGAUGAUGUGCAAGAAUUGGCAAGGGAAGAAACACAACCAUCUUCUAACGAUUCCGUUACUUAUCCAAGUUCCGGGACGGCUAGUAAGAGAAAACAAACCAUGUUAAGAUUUGCAGAACCGCAACCGAGAGUAGGAAAACAAACUCAAUCCGUUGCAUCACUACUUAGAAAGACCCCUGAAGAAGUAGUUGAUGAGAGGCAUUCUAAGGGUCCUACUCAAAGAACAAUGGAGGCUUGUACGAAGAGUAAGGAAGAAACAAAGAGGACAAUGCUACAUAUAGCAGAUUUUUUUUAUGAGAAUGGCAUACCAUUUAAUGCGGCUAAUUCAAGAAGCUUUGAAGUAAUGGUUGAAUCAAUUGGACAAUGGGGGCCGGGAUUGAAGCCUCCUAGCUUUCAUGAGUUACGAGUACCCCUCCUUUUGGACUCAAAGGAAGCGACUGAUAAGUUGAAAGAAAGACAUAGAGUUUCUUGGAAGCAAUACGGGUGCACACUCAUGUCUGAUGGGUGGACCGAUAGGAGAGGUAGACAUUUGAUUAAUUUUCUUGUGAAUAGUCCCGAGGGGACUUUUUUCUUGGAGUCGGUUGAUGCAUCGAGUGAGUCACACGAUGCAAGAAUGUUAGCUGGAUUGUUGGAGCAAAAAGUUGUAGAAGUUGGGAAAGAAAAUGUCGUUCAAAUAGUGACCGACAAUGGAGCAAACUAUAAAGCCGCGGGCAAACUGUUGGAGGAGAGGAUUCGGACAUUAUUUUGGACUCCUUGUGCAGCACACUGUCUUGACCUCAUGCUAGAGGACAUUGGGAAGAUGACGGAGUUCAAGUCCAAGAUUGCAAGUGGUAGAAAUAUUACCACUUUUAUUUAUAGACAUGGGCGAAUCCUUAGUGCCAUGAGAGAGCAUACGGGUGGGCAAGAUCUUGUAAGAGCUGGAGCUACUCGAUUCGCCACAGCAUUCCUCACUUUACAGAGUUUGUACAAGCACAGAAAUGCAUUGAGAGCUCUAUUUGUUAGUGAGGAUUGGGUUCGCUCAAAAUUAUCCAACACCGAAGCGGGUAAAAAGGUGUGUGAGAUCGUGUUGUCGACGAGAUUUUGGACUGCGGUUGAGGAUUGCUUGAGGGCAUCACAUCCCAUUCUGAUUGUGUUGAAGAUCGUUGACGCUGAUAGUACUCCAGCUAUGCCCGAGCUUACGAUGGCUAUGUUGACUGCUAAGAAAAAGCUCAAUGAAUCAUUUGCAAGCAAGCCAAGGCUAUUGGGAAAGUUGAUGGCUAUUGUAGAACGAAGAUGGGAUGAUCAGAUGGGAGUGGAUUUGUAUGGAGCCGCCUUAUUUUUAAAUCCCUCUAAAUACUUUGACCUUAAGGCGACGGAUACUACAUGUGCUCGUAAGCAACGAGCCAUGUUCAAUGCAAUCCUUCAUAAGAUGAUUGACGAUGAUGACUUGCAAGUGAAGAUCAGCAAUCAAGCAGAUAACUACGAUAAUAUGAGGAAUGACUUAGGAAUGCCAUUAGCAGUCAAGCAACAAAAAGCAAAGACUCCUCUUGAUUGGUGGAAUGCUUUUGGUGGACUUAGCAUUGAGCUUCAAACACUAGCAAUGCGCAUCACAAGCCUUUGUUGUUCAUCUUCCGGUUGUGAGCGCAAUUGGAGCACAUUUGAAUUUAUCCAUACAAAGAAAAGAAACCGCUUAGAGCAUAAAAGAUUGAACGACUUGGUCUAUGUUCAAUACAAUCGCAAAAUUGCAAGUAGGUUUCAAAAGAUGCGUGAACAAGGCUCCAACUUUAAUCCAUUGGUCUUAGAAGAGUUCCAAUGGGACAAUGAAUGGAUUAAUGGUGGUGAAUCUAGUGAUGAUGUUCAUCCCGGGGGUGAUCUUUCAUGGAGGCAUGUUGAUGAAGCAAGUGGUGCAUCAUACAAUCUUGAGGGCUCUCAUCUUUCUACAAGAGCUCACGCGGGGGAAGGUUCACGUGCACAAAUGUUGAGCUAUUCACGACGCCGCAAUGCUUCUACUAGUACUCCUUCUAGUUCUAGGAUAGAUGAGGAAGAACAAAAUGAAGAAGAGCAUUUUCCUAAUGAUGAUGAAGACAUUGAAGAUAAGGAUGAUGUUCAAGAUAAUGAUGAAGUGGGAAAUGAAGAUAGUAAUGAUGGCAAUGGAAGAGAAACAAAUAUUGAUGACUUCUUGAUGGACCUUUGA